AUGGCGGCGCUUCCACGCGCCGACGCAACUGCAACAGCAGCAAAAGUGUCUAGGAGAGGAAGAGGUAGAGGGCGUGGAAGAGGUAGAGGCCGUGUAACGCCUCCGGCAUCGAGGGUGUCGUGCGAUGGUCAUAAGGAAGUAGUGCAGGAGACAUCGCUAGAAGCCUCUAUUUCGACGGGAGCUUCUUGGUCACGCAGCUGUGGGCUGCAAGAUCCAGACUUUUGCCACACGACAGGAGCAGCGGCGGGGGGGGGAGGAGAAGGCGCUUUCCACAGUGGCGAGGGAGGAAGCCUUUCUCCUGCUGCGCAUGAGGAUGGCAGCUCUGGGGGAGGCUUUCCUCACCACAGCAGCUUCCUUGCUGGUGCCAAUGCUGCCAACACUGCUGCCGGUGCCAAUGCUGCCUCGGGGGAGUCUCCUGCAGCAGCCUUGCGCAGGGCGUUCGGUGAGACAAGGCUCUCCGGGGAGCAGACACGGAUGAUGCAGCAGUGCGCUCUGGAUGCCGAUGCAUUGCGACGCGAUCUCUGCCGGCUGCCUGUCUCCGUCCUGCUCUACAAAGCGGCAGCUCCGAGCGGCACGGUUCUGGCCUUAGCCGUGUCGGAGGAGUGUGGGGUGUCGGAGGCGCUGAAACACUGCAGGAGCAACCCCAGUGCAGCAUCAACACCAGUCGCUUCUGAUGCAGGCGGCAAGACGCCAAUGCCAAAGGGCAGUGUCGAUACCGAGCCUGCAGAAAUCGGGAGCGGGGGGUUUGUUGUGCUGGCUGUUUCGGUCGCGCUGUCCGUAGUGACCCCCGGUUGCCGCGCCUCCGAGAUGCGCUGCUGCAGCUUUUUGCCGGUGCAGGGCAGCAGUCUGCUGGCUGUUGCUCUGCGUGGCAGCGGCAGCAGGAGCGGUAGUGUGCUCGUCCUCGACAUUGCACGCUGUGCUGUAGGAGCGAGCGGGGGGGCCGCUGGUGUAUGCGUGCCUCAGGGCCUGCAUGCAGUGGCAGACAGCGCAGCGCUGCAGGUUGUUGGCAGCAAUUUCAGCUGCUGCCGAGCACGCGAGAUUAGCGACCUCGUGUGGUGUCCAUGGGGUCGGUACCUGUUGGCUGCGGCAGAGAAUGCGCUGCUCAUAAGCCUGCAGAAGCAGCACGUGAAGCAACUGCCCGUCGGCGCUCUGUUGGGUAGUCUUUCUGCAAAGUCUGUAGCCACUGGCAGCAGCAGCGGCAGCGCCGCAGACGGCGAACGGUGCUGCUUGGGCUGCACGGCAGUGGGCCCUCUAGUUUUCUUCGCCUUCAGUGGCGGAAGGUCGGUCAAGUCUUGUGCAAGGGCAUGCUGCUGCGCUAGAGAGCCGAGGUCAGGGAACCCUGCGCUCCUGGCAGUGGUCCCUCGCAGAGGGAGAGGAAGAGGCAACGCUUUGCGCUGCGGUGAAGCAGCAGCAGCAGCAGUUCUUCUACCCGCACCUCGAGACGCAGAAAGAGGCGGCGCACAAGCGAUUGCAACAGCAGAGGUUGUCUUUGUUGUCUCUCCUGAAGGAGCAGAUGGCCACGUUGCCCUCGCAGCAGCAGCAGUGGCCUCCAUCCUGGCCUUGCACAGAGUCGCUGCCGUGUGCCCCUUCACGAAUAGGCGCUUCUUUGGAUCAGCUCCCAAAGUUGUGUAUGGAGGGCCUGCAGGUCUCCUGCAUCUCGAGGAUAUUCAGCUCUAA